AGUUUUGCAGGCCGACUACAAUAGUCAGGACGUGGUUUAUCUAUGGUUAUAGUUCGAUGGUUAAAGUAAUAUGUUAAAAGGGUUGCCUGCCAUGAAAAUACAAUUAUAGUGUUGGGGCCCUAGUGCCAAGAAAUACAGUAUUUUGUAUUUUAUGUAAUGGAUGAAUAAUUAAAAAUGUAAAAUCAAAUUCUCCACAUUUUAUUAUUUGUUCAGUUUUAUUACAUAUUUAAAAAUAGUGUCACUAUAAUCAAUAUUUGUAGACCUGCUCGAUAACUGGUUCAACAUUAGGAUAUGUAGGCAUGUUUUCCCGUAAUCAUGUCUUAUACAGAACUAGAACAUGGGUAUCAAGGUUUACGUAAAGCAACUCGACCUGCACAUUUCUAUGUAGGAGCAGGCGACAUAGAAUUAUGCGAUUCAAGCGAUAUAAGUAUAAGCCCUCAAGACAUGGAGGAAGAUGUAGGAAAGGUAGUUAUUGUUGGGGUAUGCGCAAUGGAAAAGAAGACACAAAGUAAACCGAUGAAAGAAAUCCUAACGAGGUUACAAGAGUUUGAAUAUAUUAAGGUGAUCGUUUUCGAGGAGGAAGUAAUUUUACAGAAACCAGUAGAUGAGUGGCCGGUUUGUGACUGUCUGAUAUCAUUUCAUUCCAAAGGAUUUCCAUUAGAUAAGGCCAUACAGUAUGCUCAAUUACAUAAUCCAUAUGUUAUUAAUAAUUUACACAUGCAAUAUGAUAUACAGGAUAGAAGAAAAGUUUAUGCUACUUUGGACGGGGAGGGUAUUGAAAUUCCUCGUUAUGCAGUUUUAGAUAGAGAUAGUCUAGAUCCAAAACAUCAUGAAUUAGUUGAAUCAGAAGAUCAUGUUGAGGUUAAUGGUGUCAUUUUUAAUAAGCCUUUUGUUGAAAAACCCGUUUCUGCGGAAGAUCAUAAUAUUUAUAUAUAUUACCCUACUUCGGCUGGUGGAGGAAGUCAAAGAUUGUUUAGAAAAAUUGGUAGUCGCAGCAGUGUCUAUUCUCCUGAAUCCAGAGUCAGAAAAACAGGUAGUUUCAUCUAUGAAGAUUUUAUGCCUACAGAUGGGACAGAUGUAAAGGUGUAUACUGUUGGUCCGGAUUAUGCUCAUGCAGAAGCGCGCAAGUCUCCUGCGUUAGAUGGAAAAGUAGAAAGGGAUCGUGAUGGAAAAGAAAUCCGUUAUCCUGUCAUACUAAGUAACGCCGAAAAACUUAUAUCGCGCAAAGUGUGUUUGGCAUUCAAACAGGCUGUUUGCGGUUUCGAUCUUUUACGAGCUAACGGUAAAUCGUUUGUAUGUGACGUUAACGGAUUUAGUUUUGUUAAAAAUUCAAACAAGUAUUAUGAUGACUGUGCUCGAAUUCUGGGUAACAUGAUCUUAAGGGAAUUAGCUCCUACUCUACAUAUACCCUGGUCUGUACCAUUUCAACUGGACGAUCCUCCUAUAGUGCCGACUACGUUCGGUAAAAUGAUGGAGCUGAGGUGUGUUGUUGCAGUUAUAAGACACGGCGAUAGAACGCCAAAACAAAAGAUGAAAGUUGAAGUUCGUCAUCCCAAGUUUUUUGAAAUAUUCGAAAAAUACGAUGGUUAUAAACAUGGCCAUGUGAAAUUGAAGAGACCAAAACAGUUGCAAGAAAUUUUAGAUAUAGCAAGAUCACUGCUCACUGAAAUACAACUACAUGAAGCUGAUCCGGAAAUAGAAGAGAAACAAGGCAAAUUGGAACAGCUAAAAGCCGUUUUAGAAAUGUACGGUCAUUUUUCUGGUAUAAACAGAAAAGUUCAAAUGAAAUAUCAGCCUAAGGGUAGGCCAAGAGGUUCAAGCUCUGAUGAUGUAGAUAAGCCAGUCGAACCGUCAUUGGUGUUAAUUCUGAAAUGGGGUGGUGAAUUAACACCUGCUGGUAGGAUUCAAGCAGAAGAACUUGGUAGAAUUUUCCGUUGCAUGUAUCCUGGUGGACAAGGUAGACAUCUGGCUGGCGAAUAUGCUGGUGCUCAAGGCUUAGGUCUUCUACGUUUACAUUCAACAUUUCGGCAUGAUCUUAAAAUUUAUGCCUCUGAUGAGGGCAGAGUGCAGAUGACGGCAGCAGCAUUUGCCAAAGGUUUAUUAGCUUUAGAAGGAGAACUGACUCCUAUUUUAGUACAAAUGGUUAAAAGUGCUAAUACAAAUGGACUAUUAGAUAAUGACUGUGAUAGUAGCAAGUAUCAAAACAUGUGUAAAGCUCGUUUGCACGAACUAAUGCAGAUCGAUCGUGAAUUUACUCAAGAGGACAAAGAAAAAAUUAACCCAUGUAACUCAACUAGUAUUGCUGAUGCUCUGGAAUUUGUGAAGAAUCCUGUAAAGUGCUGUAAGCAUGUACAAGAAUUGAUAAAAAAUUUAUUAGAAAUCGUUCAAGCAAAAAAAGAAGAUGCAAAAAGUAAGGAAGUUGUUUUGUAUCAUGGAGAAACUUGGGAAUUAAUGGGUAGGAGAUGGGGAAAAAUAGAAAAGGACUUUUUCACUAAAAAUAAAACAUUUGACAUUAGCAAAAUUCCCGAUAUAUACGACUGUAUAAAAUAUGAUUUACAACACAAUCAGCAUACCUUACAAUUUGAACAGGCUGAAGAGUUGUAUACUUACGCCAAAUAUCUAGCGGAUAUUGUUAUACCUCAGAAAAAGGAAUAUGGCCUAACAGCCCAAGAGAAAUUAACCAUCGGACAAGGUAUUUGCACACCUUUAUUGAAGAAAAUUAAAGCUGAUCUUCAAAGGAACAUAGAAGAAUCGGGAGAAGAAACUGUUAAUAGAUUGAAUCCAAGAUAUUCCCAUGGCGUUUCCAGUCCUGGUAGACAUGUUAGAACAAGAUUAUAUUUUACAAGUGAAAGUCACAUUCAUUCUUUGAUAACUGUCCUUCGACAUGGAGGUUUAGUAGAUGUACAAAAGGACGAACAAUGGAGAAGAGCCAUGGACUAUGUUUCGUGUGUCUCUGAAUUGAAUUAUAUGUCGCAGAUAGUUAUAAUGCUUUACGAAGACCCCACUAAAGAUCCUUGUAGUGAAGAAAGGUUCCACAUAGAAUUACAUUUCAGUCCAGGAGUAAAUUGCUGUGUGCAGAAAAAUUUACCUCCAGGUCCUGGAUUUAGACCGCAUUCAAGGAAUGAAUCAGCCACUAGUAAAAAUAGCAGCUUGAACACUUCUGAAACUGCAACUCCCGAUGAUGCAAAAAGUAGAUGUUCGCCGAGAAUUGACGAAGAAGCAGAAAUAGCCAUUGAAGAAGAAAAAUAUAUAUUACAUUCGCCAAAAGGACCAGAUUCGCCUACAAAUAAAGAGUUAUCGCCACCAUUUUCAGAAGAUAUAAUGUACAGGGGUCGAUCAAAAAUUAGUGAUCCAAUUCCAAUCGGGAAUUCACAUACAGUGAGUGGACAUGAAGCAAUGCAUUUAGCCAAACGUCUUAAUGAGGAAUUAGCGAAUCAAGCAGCUCAACAAGGUAGCCGUAGUUACGCCCUUAACCGAGCGACCAGCCCCGAAUUAGAUCAGCAAAGAUCAAGAAGUUAUGAUCACAAAAGUCCUCACAAAGGUAAAGCUCAGAAAUUACAUCAAAGUUUGGAUGCUGUUAACAGCUCAGACUCGUCUCAUGAUACUGAACUUUCCAUUACACCCACUAAUAACCCUACUCCUACAAUAAAUGUCCCCAUCAGGAAAUAUGAUUUAGUACCGACACAACUGAUCGUCGAAAAAAACGAAUUGAGCCCAAUAUCGGGUUCAGUUGAUUUCGAUUAUAUAAGCGAUUUAGAAUCGACUUUUCCUAUUGGAAAAAAUACUUGUGGCUCUUUGCCUGUAGACAAAAUUGGGGGUUUUGGCAAAUGUAGUUCUACAAACGAAUUACCGCUUACAGAACUUAACUUGGCUUUGUUCACUUCCAAAAUGGAUAAUAAAAGUUCGUGUGUAAUGAGUACAAACGAACUACCAUUAUCUUCGCUCACGUUUUCAAGUAGAUCUUGCGUGUUAUCUAGACAGAAUACUAUAGAUAGUCAAAAUGAUGAUUUAUCUAUGGAAGUGAACUGGGACGUUGAUAUUAAAGAUAUCGAUGAAAAACCGAAAACGCGAAGACAAAGAUCUUUCUCCGAUCCAAACAUCUUAGAAAGAGAAUGGGUAGAUCACUCGGAUAAAAGUUUUGUUAUGAAAAAAUAUAGAGAAAGCAUGUCGAACGAAGAACGCACGUCAAAUUUAUCCCCACCCGAAAGUUAUCCUUGCCCUCCAUUCAGUUCUUAUCCAGAGCAUGAUCCUGAGAGUACUUGUCUGCUUUGUAUCAACCCUCGCACUACACCCCAUCUUCUCUCAUUCUUUACUUCGCCCCCAACGAGGCCAAGCACCUCUCGAUCGCUAUCUCAUCCCACCCCUUGUGUGUCUCCUUGCAUGUCCAAUGCAGACUGUGGUCAGAACGUCGUCAAACGCCACCGACACAGCAUUGCCGGGCAGAUGAGCUAUUACAAGAUGCUAGGGUUCGGGUGUGGAGGGCCCAUGGGCUUAAAGAAACUCGUCGGAGGUAGUACCAAUUCAUUAUUCUCCACCGCCAUCAUUUCCGGUAGUUCCAGCGCACCCAAUCUACGAGAUGUUAUUACGAAUUCAAGUAAUGCUACAGCAAUAGACGGUUUCGGAGGAGUACCAUCUAUUAGACCAUUGGAAACAUUACACAAUGCAUUAUCUUUGAAACAGUUGGAUGCAUUUUUGGACAGAAUGAUUACUGCACCUAUAUUUAAAACGCCAUCAUCUACGCCACCUAAAUAUCCGUCUACCCCGAUACCAACGCCUACAAAUGGAGGCUCUUCUUGUGGACUUUCGUUAGAUAAGUCUCGUCCUCUUAAAUUGCAAUCGCCCUGCAACAGUGUUGGUUGGAGUGGGCCGCCUAGUUUGAUGUCCAGUAGCGGUCCUUCCUCUCCAGGUUAUUCCGACAGCAAUUCUAAAGGAAGCAGCAGUGAAAUGUCGUCCAGCAUUGUCAGCGCCGAUGGGAUCACUGUGGAUAAUUUUAACAAAAUUUUUCCUACUGCACCUGGACUCGAUCAAGAUUUGGGAAGUGUUGGGAUGCUGUUAGAUUCAUUUGAUAAAGACAUGUCAGAAUCUCUUGAUUUGUCGGAUUACUAUUCCGGUAGUAAUAAACCAAAAGGUUCCGAAAGUGGAGAUAUCACGCCGGUAUCUGGAUCUGAAGUAGAUUUCAAUGUUAAUGAUAUAACAAUGGGUUCAAAUGCAGACUGUGAUAUAACGGUAACAGAAGAUAUCGAAGGUAUAUCCAUCACAGGCGACGAGAAUCAAAUAGAUCCCAAUGAAACAUUAACAAGUGCACGAAUUCAUUCAUUGACAAAUAUUUUUAAUGCUUCCGUCAAUUCUUCUCGAGCCAUUGAUAUAAACAAUAUAUGCCAAUCUAAUAUUGAAAGUCCAAAAUUGGUUUCUCCGCCAGCUACAAAUUUAAACAUUUAUACAAAUGUUUUGAAUGCGGAACUAUUUGGAUUGAGACACGUUGAAAAUUCUGAUAGACUCCAACCUUCGACAAGUAGAAUCAUAAAUGAAUUGAAUAAGGACGAUUUAAAAACAGUUCUUAAAACAUCUAAUGUAUUUGAUAAGGAUAUUCCAAGCGUUUCAAAAAAUUUAUCUAAUUCAGUUUCCCAUAAGUGGUCUACUUCUAAAGAAAAGUUUCUUGAAAAUAACUUCACCAAAACCGAUAAUAUAGAUUUCGGAAAAAAUUUGAAUGUGAGCGCUGAUAAAAAAGUAGAAAAAGAAUACGAACUUACCAAAUUGAAACCCGGAGCUGUUGUUAUUAAGGAAAAAUAUAUAGAACCCUUGAAAAUAUCCAGAGUAUCCAAGAGUUUUCAUGGAAAAUCUCCAACUGCUACCAGUUAUUUAGAUGUUAGUAAUGCUCAACGCAGAGCUAGUGAUAGUCCAGUAGCUACAGCUUCAAAUAUAACUUUUUUCUCGCAAACUAACAAGCCGGAGAGUGAUUUAGAAAUGAAAAAAUCGAUUAUCCGGUUAAAAUCUUUAGAUAAUACUAUGACGCAAACCAGAAGCCAUCGGAGCGUCGAAAUAAGUAAAUCAGCAUCAGAGUUGAACCAAGCGAUGACUAAAACUCAACGAUUCACAACAACAAGAGUAGAUGAAGCCGAACAUGCUGCUUCAAUUGCUAAAAAUAUAUCUAAAACCAGCACCGAGAACGAUUCAACUUGUCCACCCCCUUUUAAGGAUAAUAUAAAAUGUUUAGACAAUACAAGAAAUAAAACUACACAUUCAGAAGAAAGUAGAGAUAAUGAAACUAAACUAGAAUAAUUUUUAAGUAUUCAUGUAGGUAUUCGGUGACGCCAAUUAGUGAUUAAAUUGCAAAUAUUAAUUUGUUCUUCAUGUUGUAUGUCAUUCAUUAUUUCUACUACAUGAAUUGCAUCUUCUAAGUAUUAUUGUUUUCAACGAACUAUUUUAAUUUAUUUGAAUUUGAUAUCUCACGAUUUUAAUUAUUACCCCUUUUUAAUUUUGGGUAUACGUGUUAAGUGGACCUCAAUUCCCAUUCAUUUUAUAAUUUUCUUCAUUAUUUUCCAUUUUGCUUAUUUAUUAUCAAUCUUUACUCAUUCAUUAUUUGUAUGUAAUCCAACCAUCCAAGCCCUUUUACAUCCAUUCCUGUUUCAAGAUAUCAUUCCAUUUUGUUCUUCCAAAGGGUUUCCGCAAAAAAACCAGAAAAUUUAACUUCAACUUCUGUUUUAAUGAUUCACCACAAAAUGUUGAUAUUGGCUUAGGUACUUUAGUGAUUAUUUCUGCUUUUAUCUUGUUUGAUGCUAUUUUUCUAAUCUUUCUAUUUUCUCAAUUUGAACAUCUAAAAUUAAUUGAAAGUUUGUCUUGUCUUUACAUUUAUUUCUCCUUCUAUGAGAUCAAUAAUUUUUAUAAUCUCUAUAUUGAUCUCCAAUCCUCCACGUUCUUUGUAAUCUUGCUUUUGGGAGUAAUUCCUAUUAACUACAAUUGCAGAUAAUUCUUUCAUAAUUUUCUCCUCGUUUAUUAUUUUUCUGCCCUUCACAUCAAUUUGUUAUAAUUACCUUUCAACAAAAUAUUAUUACAGCCUUAUCCUAAUAUUACCUUCUUUCAUAUUCUCUUAUUUUUUUUAUAAUUUAGUCAUUUUAUAAAACAUGAAUAAUUUUCUGAAAAUUCUAUGUAUAUUGUGCAUAAGAUACUCGAUGAAUGAAGAAAGUAAUCUUCAAUUUAGAUUCGUAUUAUUUUUCAUAUAAGGGAAGUCGAGGGAAAGUGGCCACCAUAAUAGAAAUCUGCUCCAAGUCAUGUCUAAACAAAAGAAAAUUCAAUUCAUUUGCACAUAAUGCUUACUUGAACAACAAGCUACAGUUUUGAAAUAUAUUUUGGCUUUUAUAGGUAAACAAUUCAGAAAUAGAGAUAAAAAUGUUUCAAUUUAAUUAUCCACUUUACCCCAUAUGUGGUGCAAAGCGGUAUAAUAGUAGGGGCAAUGUGGCACAUAGGUUGGGGUAGAGUAAACAACAAAUUAAAUACGCAAAAUACAAAAGUUAUUGUCAAAUUUUAAUAAGGAACAUAACCUCUAAGCUUCUUAACCAAAUAAACAUAUAAAGUACAAAAUGCUUACUUUAAAAUAUAAAGAAAAAACAUAUUCUGUAAAGCUAGAAAGAAACACCUUAAAAAACUAAAAAAGAAAACUACCGCAAAUGAAAAAAAUAUCGAAAACUCUGCCUCUAACUUGUCCAAGAAUUUAAAGAUGUAGUUAAAACACUUUUACUUUUCCAUGUCUUUGUAAUUCUACUUUCACUUUUCCUAAAAUUUCUUCGCUAAUUACCUCACUGACAUCUUCUGCCUCCGGAAAAACAAAAAUAUCUGAAACGAACCCUUUUGAAUUCGAGUCUUUCCGAUAUUUGUUAUUUUAGAGCAACAAAUAGCUUUGUUGCCAUCUUAUCAGAUGUCAGCUAAGUCAGUAUGAAAUCAUUGAUAUUAAGAUGUUCCAUAUCAAUUUUUUCUACAUUAAAAUUUUUUGUUUUGGGAUAAUAUUCGAAAUCACAACCAGAGUCAUUAGAAUCUGCUAGCUCAACUUCGGUUAAAGUGUUUAAUGAUGAGUCCGAAUAGAUUUUUAAUUCUUUUUGAUCUUUUUUGACAUUGAUAAAUUUCUUUUCACAUUUUUUUUUUCUUUCUUGGUAUCUUUAUUGUUGUGGCUUGUUUGAGAUCCUCAUAAUUCGGUGUCGAGGUUAGGAUCAUAGUUUUCCCCCUUUUUAUAUUUCGUUUUGGAGCUUUUGAUGCACUAAUUUUCGGUAAAGGUAGUAUACCUUCGGGGGAAAAAUAUAAUUUCUCAUUUGCGCUAGGAACCGUGUUCUCAAGCAAAGGUGAAGCUUGAGAAGUUCCUGGUUGUGGGGAUGAAGCUCUAACUGUGGAGGUAUUCGGUUGUGGUGAUUGACUUACUAAUUCUACCCUAUUUUGGAUGGUAUUAAUCUUUUGACAAGUUUCUGAACAUUCUUCAAUUGGUGGUUUUUCUGUAACUUCUGCCGAUUUAAAUAAACUUUCCGGAAAAAUAUCGGGGUUAUAGGGAGAAAUUCCAGUGGCUUUAAAGUCAUUAAUAGCAUUUUGUACAGUUACAGCACGUUUAAAAGCAUUACCAAACAGUUCCCCAACUUGAUAUAACGUUAUGGCUUUUCCAGGGUUAUUAAUAAGCUAUUUUUUUUGUUUCUUGUUCGUAAUAAAUAUUCAGUGGAAACAUAAAGGCUACAUCCAAAGGUUGUAUUCGGUGAGAUUGAGGUGGUAUUACGAGUAGAUGGACAUUAUUCUGCCUUGCUUUUUCAACCAAUAUCGAAUUUUUAGUGUAGGUCUUCCUUCGUUGGCUUAACAUACUUUAGGAAAUGAUCAAACCAAAAAUCAGCAAAUAUACUACUUUGCAACUAUCCUGAUGGGUGAUAUUCAAUUAUAGAUUCUGGGGGCAGCCCUUGCUCAAGAGCUGGACAUUUCGUUACUCGUGGAAAUAUCAAUAGAGGGGGAAUAUAAUAUCCGGAAGCAUUGAAGCAAAUUUCUGCAGUGGUUAAUGUUCCUCUUUCAGCCGAAGAUAAGCUACCCACUUGUUUUUUUCCCUUUACAUGAAAAAAUUUGGGAGGGCCUAUUGGGAACCGUUGAAACCCCUGUUUCGUCGCAGUAAAUAUCCUACUGGGUGGAAAUUUAUGUUUUUCAAAUAAUUCCCUCAAUAGCUUAAAAAAUGAUUGUGUAUUAUAUUUAUUAAAAGACGAAGCUCUUGCUAUUGAAAUGUAUUCUGACAACCUCAAAGAAAUAUUUUGAUUUCUUUUUAAAAACCCGUAGAUCCAAUAACGCCCAGCAAGACCUUUUUCCUGGUUGAAAUUAUGAGGGAUUUUAUUUUUUCGGCGAACUGGAAUGCAAGGUGUCGUAUUUCUCUAGUUCCGAGCCCAAAAAGCCUACUCUUCAUAUGUAAGACAAUAUCGACAAGUUCCUUCUCUUGUUCAUUAAAGAAAACUGGUUUAAAUCGGCCAAAUAUUUUUUGAUGCUUCGUGGGAGUCCUCAUUUGAAUUGAUUCUUCUCCGAAGUGUUGUCAAAGGAACUUCAUAUUGAGUUACAGCUUUUUUUCUACUCAAAAUAUUAUUUCUGAUAUCCUGUCAUACUUUCUUCCGACCAAGCAUGUUGCUGCGUUUUGCGCUUAUAGUUUCUCCCCAUUGUUAAACAAUUUUUGAUUCUUUGGGGAAAAGUUAUGGCCACUUUACCUCACAACUAAAAACCACUUUGCCCCCUAAUGUAAUCCAAUAUAAAAACAAGUUAACAAAAAACACAUAGUAUUAGUUUCGUUUUCUGUAGGUUAACUUUAAUUUACAAUACAUUAAGCCGUAUAAAAAAAUAAAAUACUUGAAAAAUUAAUUUUAGACUAGGCUGAAAUGAUUACGAACUUACAUCUAAAUUUUACAAAAAAACUUUGAAAGGUCAAAUAAAUAAACAUAUUCAUUUGACGACUGUUGACUACAUACUGAUUAGUUUAGGACGCUAAAGAGAACCGUUGCAUGACAUAGUGCUCAUAGAUGUCGCUGGGAAAUAUUAUUAAAAGCCACUUUGCCCCGACUUCCCUUACUCAUCAGUGUGAAUGGAAAUUUGUUCAUAUCUAAAUAAAAAAUACUAGUAUGUGGGCUUUCUUAGUAGUAAGAAAUUUUGUUUUAAAUAAUCAAACAAUAAAACUACUUUUAUAUUUUAAUGUAACAUGUUUAGCAUUUAGCACUUUGAGUUCCAUCCAGUUUUUAUCCUAUAAUAUAUAUUAUUUUCUAUUAAAAA